GUUUAUCAAUAUAAAAUAUUCAUAAUAAAAGGAAGAAGAAUACGUAGUGAAACAGUUUCAAUCAAUUAAUAAAUAUAUUCAAAUUAAAAUGGCAUCACAGAAAACUAUAAGAAAAAUAAUAUCAUCUCCAUUAUGUCCAAAACCUGUUGGACCAUAUAACCAAGCUAUACUCGUAAAUCAUACUUUGUAUUUGUCUGGAAUUCUUGGUAUUGAUGUUAAAACUGAAAAACUUGUUAGUGGAGGUACUGUUGCAGAAACUCGUCAAGCUCUUCUAAAUAUGGGACAUAUUUUAAAAGAAGCUGGAUCUAAUUAUAAUAAAGGUUAUAUUAUUAAAACAACAAUUUUCUUACAAGAUAUUAAUGAUUUCACUGAUGUAAAUGAAGUUUACAAAGAAUUUUUCAAGGAAAAUUAUCCAGCUAGGUCUACAUUUCAAGUUGGAAAAUUACCAAUGGCAGCACAACUUGAAAUUGAAGCUAUUGCCAUUACUGAUGAAGUAGAAACAAUUUGA